GGUGAUUUUCGGCACCUAUGAGUGGUUCGAUGCCAUGGACAGCUGGGACAACCACGAUGGAGAUUCUUUCCGUCCACGUGGCUGGAUGUCCGCCCUCGUUCUCCUCGUCACCUUCUUGUUGCUGCCGGAGAAGAUGCUGUGCUUCAGCGAGGAGAUCUGGAAGCUCCAACGGAGCUUCCGGAGAGAGGUGCUACAGGUAUUUCGAUCUGUGUCUGAGAGUCCAGCGGGCAGGCAGCUUGUGUCGGCCACCCUUUGGAUCUUCAGGAAAGUGAGUGGAGGCCGCUGGGCUUCGCCAUGCCUACCUCCGCACAGUUUGCGUGCUCGCGCUGGUGGACAUGGAGAGGUGCUCAUCCUUUGGUCGGGACACUAUCAGGUGAACCCCUUUCAUGAGGAGUCUUACAUCUACGCCUGGAAAAUGGUGCGGGAAGAAGUUUCAGAUGCGACUUGGAAGGAGGAAUCCGUCGUGGUGAAUUUGUGCAAGGAGCUGGGUGCGGCGCCCGGCAGGUGGGGCACGAUCCUGGACUUGCCCGACCAGGCAGUCACCAGGAUACGUGUGUGCGCCACGAACCGCCUUGGGCGCAGCGAGUGGAGUCGAGAAGAAGUCGAGGUGACAACGAGGACAGCAAAGCAGCCUGACAUGAAAAUCCGCGUUACUUCUGCGGAGGGGAUUCAAAGCUGCGCACAGUGUGACAGAGCGCUGCCAAAGAAGCCAGGCGCUUUGUAUGCGCGCCUGGUGAGCCGCUCAGUUUUUUCCCCAGGCUGCCAACACGGCCCUUUCUGUGGUCGCUGCCAGCAGCGGCUCGCGCGGAAGGUUCUUCCUUGCUGUGUUUGUCGUGGGCUCAUCGAAUCCUGGAAUGAGACCGAGUGAAAGCACUGGGUUUCUACUCAGCUACUUGGUGUUGGGCCUUUGCCGUACCCCACGGCGGCCCUGACAUUGAAUCGCCGUACUAGGGAUAGUUCCACCUUCUGGAAACUUGGAAGGUUUGCAGAAAUACAGAUGCGCGACCGCGCCUGAGAUUGAGGAGC